AUGUUCGAGUUGGGCGGUGGCUGCGGAAGAAAGGCCGCCACACCGCAGAAAAGGGUGGAAAAGUUUUCCUUAAAGCCGACGGAGGGAGUUGUGGGAGAAGAAGAUUCGGGUGAAGGCCUUCUCUCUUGUAGUGAGAAGCAACAUAGAGAGCCACCAAUCUUUGCGAAAAUUGAUGAAUCUGUGCCUUCAAAAUCAAGUGUUAUCAUAGAAUCAGAAACUGGUUUUUCCUUGCCUCCUGUUAAGGAGCAGAAAGCCAGUGAAAUUAAACACAAGUUAAGCAGGAUCCAGUUAAGUUGGUUGAAUGAAGAGGAUUUAAAGCUUCUAGAAACUCCACAGGUUAGCGUAGUAGCUGACUAUGUCAAAGUCCUAAAACAUAAGCCUGAAAUGGUGCUGUCAUUAUCCAACUAUGUUGUCCCUGAUGGUGGUGAAUCCUAUCCCAUAGAUAUUGAAGAGUCACGUGGCGACAAGCUAGGGCCUGUAGUUUUUAAUGCUGAAAGCAAGAAUGAAUCUACUUCAACAUCUGUUAAAAGAAAAUCUAUUGAUCAAAGAGCAGCAGUUGGAAACAAUGACGUUUUAAGGAGGCAGAGCAAGUGGAACUCAGGAGCCCUUAAGGUUCCUAAACUGCAAGGUGGUAAUAUAGUGGGUUCUAUCAAACCUAUGGAUCCAUUUAAGCCUGUUUCCAAGCUCAACUUCUCUAGAUUUAACUCUAGAGUGAGUGAGGAAAUGCCGAAAGAGCGUGUAGUUCCACCAUCAGCAAAGUCUCACACUUCUACUCUCAGAAUUGAUAAUUUCCUGUGCCCUGUUACUUUGAAAGCAGCGGUUCAAGAACUUCUUGGAAAAAGGGCAGAAUCACCAAUUUCUCAACGGAUCACAUCAAAACCUAUCGUUAUGUUUCUUAUUCUUCUGUUGAAGAAGCUAUAG